UGACAUCGAGUGAAAGACGUGGCACUGUCUGGGGAGCGAUUAAAUAAUUGAUAUUCAGAGAAUUUUCGAUGAAUGAGAAGUGCACAUCUGAAAGCAAUUGGAGUAAGAAACAUUCUAGUAUUGAGGUUAUUCUGGUUGGAUUGAGACACUCAUAUUUCAGGGGAAGUUACGGCGAAGGUGGAAUACUGGAAAAUGGAAUUACCAGCUGACGGAUAUCCUCCAGAUCAACAGCAUUACCUUGCUUACAGUUCCUCAAUGCAGAUUCCAUAUGGCUGGCAAGUAAAUUGCGCGGGACCAGGAACUGAAAGUGCUGCUAGUGACCUGCAAUGGAUGUCCAAUUCAGUGCAGCCACAAGGGAUAAUAACUGCUCCUAAUGCACUGAAUCCGGUGCCCAAUGACCAGGCACCAUCUCCAAUGCAACAAGAAACUUUUACUAACUGUCAACUGCACUAUGAUACAGUGGGCAACAAGAUUUGGCAUCCCGACCAAAUCAAGGAAACACGGACAUCGGAUGGCGUCCAACAUAUUGGCUAUUCAAGCCCCACUGAGCAGAGUUCUUCAGAUUGGCACCUUGCUACAAACUACACAGCAUUUGGCAGGGAUUUAUUCGGUUUCCAGAAAGAUCUGGAAGCGGAACAUCGCAAUGGGAAUGCACCAAAGACCCUGCAAGGAUCAGGUGCAGUACAGACACCAUAUACCAAUCCAAUUCCAUUUCCUGCUAAUCCUGAACACAUGCUUCAUCAUGACCUAUUUGAUUCGUUUCGUGAAAUGUCAAUCAGACCUCUAGACCCCUCGGAAAAGGGGGAAAUCAUUGCAAAUGUUGGUUGGUCUUUGUAUAAUGAACCAUUACCACCCAAUGCAAUGCAGGAUGACCCAAUACCACCAUCUCAAAAACCAAAUAUGAUGCGUUUGAACAGUGAGCCAGAACACUUUGGAACUAGUUAUCAGGAAAUGUCCAGUUUGCAGUUUCAGGAUGUUAUUCCCUUAAGCUCCUAUGCACCUAGUCCUCCUUAUCCCACCUCUAAAAUGGAUGAGAGUGAAGAAUCGGAACACCAGUUUUGGCACACAGGAAUGGCUGCAGUGCAUUCCAACUCUCUUCAUUCACCGUCGAUACCAAUGGGUUUCGAGUUCAUGGGGUCAUCCAGCACAAACCUUCCUAAUAAGUAUGCACCUUUCCCGAAAUCGCUCAGCAUCUGUGGGCCAGACACACUGAGUGCACAGUCACACAUUUUGCCACCAACCUUUCUAACAAAUCGGUGUUCUCAGUCAGAUGUCUGGAUGAAGCUACCAGCCUCAGCUAUACCCACCUCUGAGCAUGAAGUCCCAUUUCAACCUUGUAAUAACAAUUUUUCAGCUACGUUCAACCCAGAGGAAUUGAACAGAGUGAAACUGCCUCCGAAGGACCAUGAAGUGAAGCUAAUAGAUAAACCUGGAGGAAGCAACAAGGAGCUUGCUGCCUUCUGCAACUUGUUAAAUGCGUUAAGAGCUAAAUACUCAAGUUCAGAGAUGCAGUCUGACAGCGGUCUGAUCAGGAGUGUUGUCACAGUUCUUCCCAAUGAGCUUUUCUGGAAAUGGCAUAUUCCAGUAACGAUUGUGACAGACAUUGUUCCAGAGCCAAUUCAAAUGUCCAUGCAUGCUGGCUGCACUGUCGAGGAACUCAUUCAGACAAUCUUGAGUGAUACACAGCAAAGGUUCGAAGUCAGGAAUAAUUAUGUUUUAAAGCUCUGUGGUGCUGAAGAGAUUUUACAGAACCCUUGUACUUUAGGGAGUCAUGAGUGCCUACAGCAUUAUCUAAAACUUGGCAUUGACAUCAAGCUUCAGCUACUUAGACACAGCGAUCUUCAACGGAUGUUAGCUCGAACCGUGGGAGAUGACCAAAAUCCACUCACUCUUCAUCAAAUUGAACCCAAAGAAAAUGGUGCAUGUCACGUGAGCCUAUCUAGGAAAGGCCUGAGUUCAACGCUCAAUAGCUAUUACCAUGAGGCAGACAGUGUAUUAACCAAUCAGAAAAGCACACGUCGUCUGGUCGAGGCGGUUAAAGCCAUUUGUUAUAUGCUUUCAUCAGUGGAGACAAAGGAAAUAACCAACGCCAUUCAACAGCUGCAGUUGGUUGCUCAACAGCAGCAAGAGACUUCUAUUCAUACAGUUCAACUGCAGGACCAACAAGGUUCACUAGUGAGAGCAGUCAAUGAAUUAACUGCUGCAGUCUCACAGCUUGUAAACAUCUACUGCAACAACUUUAGCACUGAUUAUCAAGUUGCCCAUGUUGGUGCCAUCGAAACUGUAUCUGCAGUAAAGGCACACCUAAGUACUACACCAUUGAACUUCAACGUUUAUGCUGUGCAUGGAAUUCCCAGUGCUUGGACUGUAAGCUAUGAGAACUUAUUUGUAUCUUGCUCAUUAAUGUACGGAGGCAAGGAGCUGUGUCAACAGGUGAAGACAGAAGAAAUUUGCAUCACAAGAUCUCCCUUUUUCAUUCUGGCUAGGUGGAAUCAGAGAAUAUACAUGCCCAUUGAAAUUGCACAAUUGCCUUGUGAGACAACUCUCAACCUGACAUUGUAUGGAUAUCGUAUCACCACUGGGAACUUAACUGAUACCAGCAGACAUUCCAAAAAUGCUAAAUGCUUAGCAAGUGUCUCCAUGCCUCUCUACAGCUCUGAAUUAGUGUUGGUCCAUAGUACAAAACUAUUGCGUCUCAUCCCAGGCAACGCUAGUCAAGCAGACAGUUUGAUCCUACAAAUAAAUUUUCCAGCCUCAGUCUUGGUCAUGUUUUCACGACCUGCUCCUGCAGACCACUGGCACUCUAUCACCGAUAUAGAUGAAGUGUCCAGAGAACAGAUUACGAACAUUCAACAGAAACAUUCCCUGCUUUUGAUUGAAGAAGAAGAGAAAAACUUGCUCUGGACAAACCGUUCAUUCUGUAACAGUUCAAACUGUUUCCUUCCUCUCUUACUGGGCAGUGCACCUAGCUGUGGUUCAGAUUCACUGUCUGAGAGUUAUGCAGUGCUCAGGAGGUGGAAUGUUUCAGCAAACCCUUUGGAGACACUGGGUCUAUUGCUUUCAAGCUUUUCAGAUCAAGAGAUUCGUCAGACUGCAGUCCAACAGAUUGGAUCUAUCCCGGAUGAUGAGUUAUUAGAUUAUCUGCCGCAGUUAGUUCAGGCAGUAAAAUUUGAAUGGCAUCUUAAUAGCCCCCUUGUGGAACUUUUACUCGAUCGUUCAAUCAGGAAUAUUCGAGUUGCACAUCAUUUGUACUGGUUAUUGAAAGAUGGCUUGGCAGACUUUCAAUUUAAGGGUAGGUACAGCCAGCUGUUAACAGCUGUGCUCUGUUGUUCAGGACAAGCCAUGCGAGAAGAAUUUGACAAAGAGACCAAGCUCGUCGAUAAAUUGGCUGAGAUAGCAGAGAAGAUCUGGGCAGCUGACCAAUCAAAGCGUUCGACUUUAUUAGUGAAAGAGAUUGAAGAAUUAGACAAAUUCUUCUACCAGGAACAUGUCUGCCGCCUGCCAUUGAAUCCUGUAUUUGCGGUCAAAGGUAUUGAUGCCAAUGCAUGUUCAUAUUUCACGUCGAAUGCCGUUCCUCUGAAAAUUUCUUUCAUAAACGCAGAUCCUUUGGGCGAAAAUAUAAACGUGAUAUUCAAGUCAGGAGACGACCUUCGACAGGACAUGCUUGUUCUGCAGCUGGUUAAAGUGAUGGACAGGAUCUGGUGCCAGGAGGGGCUGAAUAUGAGCAUGAUCAUCUAUAGGUGCAUAUCAACAGGAAGGGGAAAAGGCUUGGUGGAGAUGGUCCCUGGUGCCACAACACUUGCCAAAAUCCAUAUGAAACAUGGUAUCAUUGGACCACUCAAGGAGAACACUCUUUUAAAAUGGUUCCAGGAACACAACCCCUCAGAAGAACAGCAUAAAAAUGCUGUGGAAAACUUUGUAAACUCCUGUGCAGGCUGGUGUGUCGCUACAUUCAUUUUGGGUAUCUGUGACCGUCAUAAUGACAACAUAAUGCUAAAAACCACAGGCCAUAUGUUCCACAUCGACUUCGGGAAAAUAUUGGGUCAUGCUCAAAUGAUCGGAAGCAUGAAAAGGGAUCGUGCUCCUUUUAUAUUUACAUCUGAAAUGGAGCAUUUCAUCACAGAAGGUGGAAAAGAUGGAGCUCGUUUCCAGAUGUUUGUGGACCUGAGCUGCCGGGCUUAUAACAUCAUUCGACAACACACUCAACUCUUGAUGAAUCUACUCGAGUUGAUGCUGUCAGCUGGACUUCCUGAGCUGGCUGAGGUCCAGGACCUGAAAUACAUUUACAAAAACCUGCGACCAAAGGACUCGGAUGCACAGGCCACCUCUUUCUUCACAAGCUUGAUAAAGGAAAGCCUGAGAAGCCUACCAGUGAGAAUUAAUUUUGUUGCCCACAUCUUAGCGCAGAUGAAAUUGGCAGGCCCAGGUGUCCGGCCAAACCUGUCCUUCGCACCAGAAAAAUAUACAUUAGAAACAGAUGGUCUAAUAAGGUGUGUGGCAGUGUGUGGCUAUGAGAAGAAAAUUGUUCCCCAUAAGGAUUAUUUUUAUAAGAUACAAGUGGAACGAGAAGGGCAGAGUCAGGCUACCUUCAUUGAAAGAAACUUCAACCAAUUUGAUGAGCUCAACAAACAGCUCCACUGUUGCUUUCCAGCAUCAGAGUUACCGAGAUUUCCUUACAAACCACCGAUUGAACUAUUUAAAGGAAGGGAAUUAGCAAGGAAAAGAAAGGACGAGUUGAAUAUGUAUGUGAGGUAUUUGCUGCAUAGUUCACCUGCUGUUGCAAAGAGUGAUCUUGUCUACACAUUUUUUCAUCGUUUUCCCAAUGACGAAAGACCCUCUGUGUUGCCAUCCCCAGCAGCUGUAUCUCACACUGGGAAACUGUCAGCAAGCACACAACUCUGCAUCUCCUGGGAGAGCGGCAAGCUGUCUGUGAUGGUGAAGCAUGUCAAAAACAUUUUUUUACCAGAUGGUUCCAAACCAGAUGCCUACGUUAAGAUCUACCUCUUACCAGAUGCAGAGCGAAUGACCAAAAGGAAAACAAAAGUGGUUCCAAAAAGCAGCAAUCCAACGUAUAACGAGAUUCUGGAGUAUACUGGGAUAUCAAACAUUGAUCUAUCAAGUCAUGUCAUCCAGCUGAGCGUGUGGAGCAGGCAGACACUCCUGGGAGCAGUAAACAUUCCUCUGAGAACUGUAAAGUUGGAUGAGGAAAAGUGGUACAGACUGGGAAAUUCCUUAGUCUGACUGGAUAUGGACUGGAACAGGCUCAGGCAAGUUAUGACCAUUCAAUUGCCAACCUACCUCUAAUCUGAGAGGGUCAGUCUUCACAUUCAUUAUCUUGUAACCCUUUGGUAUUUAUCUGAAGGACAUUUUCUCCUGUAUUAGAUACUGCUUGACAUCCAUUUAAAGAUGUAAAUAGUUGCGAAGAAGCUGCACUUUUUACCUGUGGUUAUUUUGCAUGAGAGUGAAUAUUAGUCAUCAUGUAAUUGCUAAUUUUCCAGUAGAAUGCUAUCAAUACUAAAAUAUAUCCUGAUUUAAAGGCAGUCCCUUGGCAUUGGCAAAACAGAGAAGCCUCAAAUUGUCUCUUUAUAGAAACCCGAAAGCAUUAAAAUAUCACAAAUGAAAUGACGAUGAAACUGCUUAUAUGAAGACUAGAUAAUGUAAAUGUAAUUAAAUACUUGAAACGUAUCUGUGUUUAUUGCAAUGAACUGCAUGGUAUUGUUUUAAAUUACGUGCAGCGAGAUAUAAUUUUGACUUUGUGCGAUAAUGUAAAAUGGGUGACAGCAAGUCAGCAGCUCAUUUUAUUCCUCAUGAUUUUCCAAUCUCUUACAAUUUCAAUUCCUUUUUUGGUUCAAUGCCAACAUGAAGGCAUGUUAAUCAGCUGCAAUUCAUUUAUGCCCAUUUUAUAGAAGCGUAAAGUCAAAACUAUUUCCUUGCACUGGAAUUUUAUGUAAAAUGGUAGGUUUUGAUAUCAAGGUUAUAAGAUGAAUCUUCCUGUCCGUGAAAGUACUCUUCCAUUGAACAAAUGCAGAUCAUUUCCCCUGUGAUUUUAAGUCCUACCAACACCCCAUGCCCUGCAUUAACUUCCCAGAUGAAAUUAUUCCAUGGACCCACAGCACUGGCGAGCCAAGAGCUACACGAGGUGAGCUGAAUAUGCUCAAGUAGCACAGAGUAUGGGAAGGCCGCUGAAAAUGGACUCCCCUUCGGUAGUAUAUAUUCAAAUCAAAACUGAUGGGGGCCAAAGCCGAUAGAUUCUUCAGGGUAGCCAGGAACAACGUCUUUCACUCCAUUUGUACCCUGUCUUGCCUGUGGCCCCUGGCUGCCUUUGUGAGGUUGGCCCCACAGACUGCCAGACAUCACAUGCUGGAUGUAGUCACUCCGAUUUUGGGAAGGUUCUUGUGAAAUCCUCUUCUUCCUUUCUUAACUGGCAACUGCUGCUGACCUGCUGUUCAUGUUGUUCGUUCAGCCCUGAAAAGAGAUAGCCCAAUGUUCCAAUGCCCUAACCUCCAUGUUUCCUACCAUGAAAACCACAAAGAUAUUUCCACCCUAUUAUCCCAGCCAUGCGUCAGGUUUAUGCAAGAGGAAGGGCUGGACAGAAAUAAAAAACAAGGACUGACAUUUACAUAAUGCCGUUCAUGACCUUAGGAUGUCCCAAAUACUUGACAGCUAGUGAUGUCCAUUUGGAGUGUAGUCACUCUUGUGAUUUUGGAGACCUGGCAAACAAUUCGUCUUUAUUACAUUGCGUAGAGUCAUGACCUGUCAGCAUCUGCGACAGUGACUUUGGAAUCAGAGUGCCCUGGAUUGACUUGCUCUAUCAUCCAGUUUAAUCCACCUCCAUGACGACAAAACAAAGAGCCAGAUCACAGAAUUAGGAUAGGGGGUUUUGGUGAUUGAGUUGGAACUCUCUCAUCUGCUUGGAGCUUCAUAUUGAUGCACUGAAAUUGUGUGCUACGAGAACACAAAAUGAGGCAGUAGUGGACUGAAAAGCUGCAGGCCACAGAUCCAGAUUUUCUGAGAUUCAGCAAUAAGGCUGCUUCUCAAGAGUUUGGUCUUGGCAAAGUCUGUUGAGACCUCAAUUUACAACUAACACCAAUAAAGUUUCACAUGAAAUAAAGCAAAUAAACCUUUGUAGUUCACAAGGCUAAUAGAUAGAGCUGAAUGUCUAUUUGUUCCCAAUGUUUCACCAAGAUAACUUGCAGAGCUGCGGAAUGCAUAGUUCCUUCUCUUCCUGUUGAACAUCCUUAAGGACUAAGAUAUGUGUUUUCUUUCAUUUUACCAUCACUUCACUCCAAUGCUUCAUUGAAAAGUAUUGCCAAAUGCUUUUUUAAUUUGCCUAUAUUUGCAGAGAAUUCCUAACAGCAAAUGAUUCUCCAGUUAGCAGCAUAUUGUAAUAAUGCUUGUAAAUCGAUCAAGUCUAGCUUGGUAUUGUUUUCCUGAGUGUGUCUGUUUAUUAUAUUUACUCAGUCUUUGCUCAUUUUUUCCCUGUUGUAGCCUGACCACUGCCUUAAAUCCAAUCCCCGAUUUUAUCUCAGUCAGGCGGCUGGUCAGAAUUCAGUUUGAAUCUGUCACUUUAUGACCCACUUCCAACUUGUCUUUUUAUGACCCUGUUUUGCUCAAGCACUUUAACGUGUAGUUCUGUCUUGACAUUUUAUGGCACAGGUCUGUCUGAACAUUUUAUCCCUUGGGUCCGUCCUGACAUGUUACGACCUUGUUCUGGUGUGCGAGGAGGUUUUCUUUUCUGAGCUCAUUUCAAAUGUAAUGUGAUUUCAAAUGCUUUUUCCCAUGUUGUGGAGCCAGCUUUAUUAGGAAGGCAUGUGAAAAUUGGUCAUUUUACAUGCUGUUUGGUUUUCUAACAUGUUCCCACUUUUCCUUGAGGGAGAUUCCAAUGAAUUCAAUGGCAACCUACCCAGCAACAGCAAGAUCCAAUUAUAAAAGUAAUAAAUUGCUUAACUGGGUGGAAAUGGCCUAAUGAUUUUAUCACUGGACUAUUAAUCCAGUGAACCUGGUAAUGUUCCGGGGACCUGAGUGUGAAUCCUGCCAUGACAAAUAGUGUAAUUUUAAUUUAAUAAAAAAGGAAGAUUAGGACUCUAAUGAUGACAAUGGAAAACUAUUGUUGAUUGUCGGGAAAACCCUAUCUGGUUCACUAAUAUCCUUUAGGGAAGGAAACUGCCGUCUUUACCUGGCCUGGCCUACAGAUUCCAGGCUGGUUGACACUUAAAUACCUUCUAUUAACCACGUUCUAGACACCGAGGAAUGGAUAAUGAUUGCCGGCCUGGCCUGUGAUACCCACAUCUUUGGAAUGAAUAAAAAUAAUCUGCGAAUUCCCAGGCCAAGGGUACAAAGGCCCUCUGCUGUGUCAGGAGCCCAAAAAUGGAUUGGAGCGGGUGUUGCAGUAGGAGUUCUGAGCUGCAACUUGAAUGUAUAUUUGCCAGCAGUUGUUCCAAAAUACAUCUGUUCUCUAUUAGCCAGUUCUGGAAAGAUCACAUUUGUCACCCUACCCACUAUACUCCCAUGCCGGAAAUCAGCUUGAUGUCAAAAUUGCAACCACUCCACACGCCAAGGGAAAAUUCAGUUCCAUGAAUUGAUUUGCAACUGACUUCUUCCAACAAUUAAAAUGCCUCACUUCAAUUAAAAUAUAUAUCUUACAAGAGUCUUGAGUUUAGUUUGAAGGGUUCUAGUGCAAUGAUAGCAUGUCUGAUAAUGUGUAGUGUCAAGAUGUGUCUAAAAUGGUGAGCGAGCUUGUCACAUUGGAUCCAUUCAAUGAAUUGUUGGGUAUUAAAUUAUUUCUAAAAACUAACUGUUCAGUACAGUCAUUGUCACACCCAACGCAAUGCUCCAUUUCUGCUAAAUACCUUCAUCUGCCAGUCAAAAAGUAACUCUUUCCAGGAAACAUUAGAAGAAUACUAAGCUAAGGCUGCUGUUUUACUUCAAAGACGGAGAUGAGAGGACUGAGGUAUUUGUUUAAUUCUUAACUCAUUCUCAAACUUUACUAGUUUAACUUGUCUGUUAUUGGAGCUGACUGGACCUUAGCAGUGCCAGGCAGUUACUUCUUGUUUGAAUAUUAGUUAUACAACAUUGUAAAACGUGAGCUUAAUCACUUUAACUGCAGUAAUGUGAAUUUAAUUUGAUAUC